AUGUACAAGGCCAAGUACUUUCCAGAAUCUUCUUUUUGGGAGGCAGAAUCUCAUCCAUCACCUUCAUUUUCUUGGCGAAGUAUUUCUGAGGCUAAAAGUGUUCUAGUCAAAGGGGCACGUUGUCAAGUGGGAGAUGGGAAUCAUAUCCUGAUUGACGAUCCAUGGCUACCUAGAGCUGCUCCAUUUCGGUUAUUACCUGUUCAGGGAGGCAGAGAUGAGGGUUGGAAGGUCAGUAAUCUAAUGAAUAAUGAGGGUAGUUGGAAUGAAACUUUAGUCUGGCAAGUUUGUCAUGUUGAUGAUAUCCGCUUCAUUUUGUCUAUUCCUUUGAGUAAUCAAAGGAUUAAGGAUCGUUGGAUGUGGCAUUUUGACUCCAAAGGGAUGUUUUCAGUUAAGAGUGCUUAUAGACUAUUGAUAGAGGAAGAGAUGGUGCAAGAGACUCCUUUGCACACACAAGAUCUAUGGAAGAAACUAUGGUCUACCAAGGUCUCAGGGUUGCACAGACGGCCUACUCUUCCAGGGCUUAAGCAAUUGCAGUUUAUGGAGUGGUUUGGGUGCUGUGCGUCUAACUUGCCUCCUAAUUUAUGGGCAGCCUUUGUUUAUAAUUUGUGGGGUAUUUGGAAGGAGAGAAAUAAUAGGUUGUGGGAUAAUAAGAAUAUGGAGGUGAACCAGGUUGUGUUGCUUCUGUCAACUCGUCUCCAGGAAUACCAAAGACACCAGGGUAAGGACCAGGGUGGAGGGAGCCGGCGAGUAGUUCCUUGGAAACCUCCAAGUGCAGGGUGGGUGAAGAUUAAUGUUGAUGGUGCCUUCUACAAAGAUACCUGUACUGGGGCAUUGGAGUCAUUAUUUGUGAUGAUAGGGGGAGACGUUUAG